AGAUCGCAUCAGGUAGCAUACCAUUACCAUACCGCGCGGGCCGGGCCGGGAGAAACAAAACUGACAAGGACGAUAUGGUGCGUAGCCUCGUCGCGCUGCUCCUCGUCGCCACGGCCGUAGCCGCCGUGGCCAGAGCCGCACCCUCGCCGGGGUUUGUCGUAACCGGCCGCGUCUACUGCGACAACUGCCGCGCCGGGUUCGAGACCAACGUCUCCCACGCCAUCGAAGGCGCGACGGUGGAGAUGGAGUGCCGUCACUUCGAGUCGCAGGAGGUCCACGACAAGGCGGAGGCGACGACGGACGCCGGCGGGUGGUACAGGAUGGAGAUCAGCGGCGACCACCAGGACGAGAUCUGCGAGGUGCUGCUGCUCAAGAGCCCCGAGGCGGACUGCGCCGAGAUCGAGCGCACCCGCGACCGCUGCCGCGUCCCGCUCACCCGCAACGACGGCAUCAGGCAGAGCGGCAUCCGAUACGCCAACCCCAUCGCCUUCUUCCGCAAGGAGCCUCUCAGCAACUGUGGCGAGCUCCUUCGCGCUUACGACCUCUUCAACGAGACGUCCGAGAAUUCCUAAGCGUCAUUUUGUUUUUUUUUUAAUUUCCUCUUCCAUAGCACAUUUGUUCGACUGAUCGACGUUAUAUUAGCAGACGUGCAGCUAUCCUAAAAAUAAAAAUAAUUUUCAUCUC